ACUAGCUAGCCAGGACCUAGCUGCAGUAGCUCUGUGCAAGAAAGCAAAACGCGCGGCGAUGUGCACCGAGAAUUACGACCCGUGCUACCCCGACCAGCCUGUGGUGGACCGGUACCUUCCCGUAUGGGCCAAGCUGCCGGCGUUCGCUGCCAAGCCGGCCUUCGUCUGGGCCGACGACGAUGCGGCCGCCGGUGGCGCGACGUCGUCACGCACCGCACUGACCUAUUCCCAGCUCAACUCCGCCGUUGAAUGCAUGGCGUGCAACCUUCUCGGCACUCUCCGCCGGGGAGACACCGUCCUCGUGCUCGCCUCGCCGGGCCUCCGCCUCGUCAAGCUCCUCUUCGCGUGCCAGCGCGCGGGGCUCACGGCGGUGCCCGUCAUACCGCCUGACCCGGCCAGGUUCGGCCCCGCGCACGCGCACCUCCUGCGCACCGUAUCGCAGACCAGGCCCACGGCAGCCGUCUCCGAUCCCCGUUACAUCGAUGCCGUCAUGAAGCCGGAUGCUGCCCUCGCCGGAGCGCCAGGCCGGCUGGCUGCCGUGUUGAGGAGCCUGCGCUGGCUGGCCGUCCACGAGCUGGAGCGGGAAGGCGGUGAUGGACCGGGGACGGCGGGAUACGUAGGCUGUGGCCCGGAGGACGUGUACCUGAUUCAGUACACCUCGGGCGCGACGGGCGUCCCGAAGCCAGUGAUGGUCACCGCGGGCUCGGCGGCCCACAACGUGCGGGCCGCGAGGAAGGCCUACGACCUGCACUCCGGCAGCGUCGUAGUGUCGUGGCUGCCGCCGUACCACGACUGCGGCCUCAUGUUCCUCCUCCUCACCGUCGUCGCCGGCGCCACAUGCGUGUUGGCCGCCCCCGACGCCUUCGUCCGGCGGCCGCGCCUCUGGCUCGAGCUCAUCACCGAGUUCAGGGCAACAUGCACGCCUGUGCCGUCGUUCGCGCUGCCGCUGGUGCUCAGGCGCGGCCGCUCGGCGCACGGACGGCGGCGGCAGUCUCUUGAGCUCGGGAGCCUGAGAAACCUGAUCCUGAUCAACGAGCCGAUCUACAAGUCGUGCGUCGACGAGUUCGUGGAGGCGUUCGGUCGCGAUGGGCUGUGCGCCACGUCAAUUGCGCCGUCCUACGGCCUCGCUGAGAACUGUACGUUCGUGUCCACCGCGUGGCGAAGCGCGUACUCUGGUCUCCCGUCAUACAAGAAGCUUCUGCCGUCGGCGAGGCUGUCUCCACCGUCGUCCGCGGUAAAUGAGGGGCCGGAGAUUGAGAUCGCCGUCGUGGACGAGGAGACCGGCGAGCCGGUGGAGGACGGCUUGGAGGGGGAGAUAUGGGUGUCCUCGCCGAGCAACGCGUCGGGGUACCUCGAACACCCGUCCGCGAGCCGGGAGGUGUUCUGCGCGAGGGUGCCGGGGAGGGCCGGCGCGUGCUUCGUGCGUACGGGCGACCGCGGCGUGGUAAAGGGGGCGGAGCGUUUCCUGUACGUCGUCGGCCGUGGCGCUGAUAUCAUCGCACUUGACAGUGGCCGGCGCCGGGUGCACGCGCACUACAUCGAGACUGCGGCUUUUGUCAGCGCACCGGAUCGCCUGAGAGGCGGCUGCGUCGCUGCUUUCAUAACGUCGGUGUUGGCGUCGGCGACACCUUCUCAUGCCGACGUGUCCGUCGUCGCGGAGCUACGGAAGGGAGGAAGCGGCGGUGAUCACAGGGGCCUCUGUGAGGGCAUAAGAGCAGCAGUCUGGCAAGAGGAGCGUGUGAGAGUUGGCUUGGUCGUGCUGGUCGAGGGCGGCGUAGUGCCGAAGACGACGUCGGGGAAGCUGCGCCGCGGGGCGGCGAGGGAGAUGCUGCUAGCCGGAAAGCUCCAAGUGGUCUUCGAAGCACGGUACGACGGCGCUGACGGCUCGGUGCCUGAGGCAGGAGACGAAGAGGAGAUGGUGAAGAAGUCCGCGGCGAGUUGGAUGGCAGGAGAGGGCGGGGAGCCUGACAUGGCUCCCGCCUUCGGGAGUGCGAGCCGCCGUCUUCGCUUGCUGUCAUUUCUUUGA